GACGUUGGUUUAAUCGACUUUAAUCAACGUGAGGAGAAACGCAGCUUCCAGUCAGAGCGAAUCCCCCGCGGCAGGAGCACAAAAACACGCUGGAUCUGGGAAAGACACAUUUUCACCCGUAUCAUACAACUACACUUUAUUUCACAUUCACCAGUCUGGAGCGUCGUCACUAGAUCCCAGUUCAGAGAUGGCGAUGUUCAAAUUUGGAAACACCACUGAUCCGUGCGGGAUUUUUUCCAGUGAGAGAGCACAGCUGCCGGAAGAAAUCGAUGAGAAAGGAAACCUUGACCCAGACCGACUUAUGCAGUGCCCUUUUGACAAGAACCACCAGAUCCGGAUUUGCCGCUUCCCUUACCACCUGAUAAAGUGCAGGAAGAAUCAUCCAAAGCUGGCAAAGGAGCUGAAGACCUGCCCUUUCAACGCUUGCCACCUCAUGCCCAAGAACGAGCUGACUCACCACAUUGAUACCUGUGAGAACAGAAUGUCUCUGGACCCUAGUGUCGGCGAUGAAGGCACCAAUGGACAUGUUGAAUGGCAGGUCCCACCCAGCACCUGGGUGAACCCAAACUCAACCGAGGACUGGGAUGACGAGAUCGAUGAUCAUGCUCCCACAUUUAAAUGGGGUCAAAACAAUGGCUUGAAUCGAAACAGAAUGAUGCGGCCCGCCAUCGAGGAUCCAGGUCUUCCCACCGCCGCCGUUUAACCUUAUAGAUUAGUUACACAUACUGUUCAGGCACUUAGUUAAGGUUCUAUGUUUUAAAUUUGGUUUUAACGAGUUCAGUGUUUUUAAUUUCUACAAUUGUAUUGUUUUUUAUAUUAAAGCUAGUAUUAAAGUUAAAUUUGAAAUCC